UGCACUGAAUAGAGGGCAGGGAGAGGUGUGAGUGUGCGAGGGAGUGUGUGCGCCUGUCUUUGUGUGUGUGUGUGUGUGUGUGCUGACAAGCAGAGAGGUGGGGGUUCAUCACUGAAGCAGUGGAGGGAAGGCACACACAAGGCAGCAACGUGUGUUUGUUAUUUUCUCUCGUUCCCAGUCAGACAGGGAGAGGAGAGGUAGUACGCUUCCAGGUCUUUUUUCUCAGCCUGUUUCACCCUCUCUGAGCUGCAGCAUGGUUCCUUACUGCUCAGAUGUGAACAGAUAACCGUGGAGCCUUCCGUCUGCCUGCCUGCCUGUUUGUCUAUUCGCCUGCUCUUCCUUGGAAACGAUGGGCUCCUGCAUCUCUAAAGAUCUCCACGGCACCCCCCAACCACCACUAACCGAACUGCAGCAGCAGCAGCCCGGCUCUGAGAACCAGGCCGUUUCAAAGGAGCAGACAGGAUUUUGCUGGGACCCCUUGAAGAAAUGCUUCAAGCCUGCCGCGAAUGGGAUUGUGCAGGAGAUGAAGCAGACCCCAGACGGAUUUGAAAUCGCAGAGCUGGCGACAUCAUCCCUGCUAGGUCUGGUGGCGACUAUCAAAGAGCGCAUCACCAAGCCGACGGCAAUGGCGCAGGGCCGCGUGGCCCACCUGAUUGAGUGGAAGGGCUGGAACAGCAAGCAGCAGGACUGGGGGGGGGCGCCCUUACAGGACGAGGAGCAGUACAGCGACCUGACCGACGAGAUCAAAGAGGCGCGCUUCGCUGCAGGGGUUGCCGAGCAGUUUGCCAUCGCCGAAGCGACCAUGAGUGCCUGGUCAUCGAUGGACGCUGGAGUCGAGCAUGAUGGGAAGCUCUCCCAGGAUUCUGCUUUCUUUCCAGGUCUUGAUGCGGAGGAGGUGUAUCUCCAGCAGCUGAGGAUGAAUGGUACCCAGAGGCUCUAUAGUAUCAAUCUGGACGGGGGUGAUGAGACAGACCUGCACACCCAAGAGCCAUCCCCGUCUGUCCCCUGCCUGCAGACCCAAUCAAUCAGGGACACGCUCGCAGCCAACCCGGAGAGACCGGGCCCCCUGCUGGUGGGGAGGAGCUGUGGCACAGGACAGCGCCCCCGGAGGAGCGGCUCCAUUCGACACGCUGACAGCAGCUCCAUCUCCGAAGAUGAAGUAUUUUACAACUAGAGGCUGUGUCAAUCCCAGCUGGAACAGCCACAGCUGUCUGUGAACUGGGCUCGAACUAAACUAACAGCGUGGUCAGCAAGUCACAUUAGAAACACUUCCUGUUAACCAGCCAAUACGUAUCACUGAUAAUAAUGUCAAAAAGAUAUUAGAAACAGAAAUAUAUGAAAAAUCUUCUCAACCGUUUACAUGAAGACAAAAAUAUUCUACUUUUUUAUAUUCCCUAACCCUAGCCUUAACCUAACCUUAAGAAAUCAUUAUUUAACACUUAUUUAUGGGAAGAUGAAAAAACUGCAGAUAAUUAUCUGAUCAAUUAUGUCAUCGUGUUUAGCACGCAAACCAAAUCCGAAAUAAAUGGAAAACUGAUGCUGUUAUUUAAAAUCAAGAAAUAUCUACAACCAUGGCAGAAUAUCGGAUAAUAUUGUUUGUUGCUCAGAGCUGCAUCCGCCUUGACAGCAGGUCAGGUCCAGCAAAUUAACCCUUUAAGCAUUCUUGUCCAUUCUUCACUGAUUUUAAAAUCUUUUCUAAUGACAGCAAUUAUGUAGCAAAAUAUCCUUUAAAACUGUGCUUGCAGAUCAAAUGGUGUAUUAGUUUAAUCUGGGAGGUGGUGUAUGCAACUGAAGGGGCAGAAACAAGUUCUGUUCACUCGGGGUGUUGGUAACUGGUUCCCAGACUUACCACAUUACUGCUGGGGGUUGGUGAACUGUGGGAAGUUGAUGUUGUUUCCGGCAUUGCCGAUAUGGCUUGUAACAAUCCAUUCGCUGUUUAUCGCCAAAUAAUCUGAUGGUGACCAAUCACAGCGUCAGUAUGAAAGAGGUGUUCGGUUAACAGCCAAUCAGAGGGUCCCAGGAUGAAGAAGUUUUUAUCAUGACAGUUGACGCUUACCAUUUUCAAAUUGGGGAAUACUGUUGCAGAGAGAGAAUUACGGCUGCAGAGUGCAUUCGAAUAGAAACAUACAUUGGAAUGAAAUGUACAGCCUGGGAAGACCCAAACUAACCAUACACACUAAUUCCUUAUCCACCUUGUAUGACCCAGGGUCUAUAUAAAAUAUGUCUAACUGCAAACAAAAACUGGAUUGGGUUUUGGGUCUAUAACACAUCUUUUUGGAUUCAAGCUAUUUGUACGUUCACAAAUAUUAGUGUGCCUAUUUGUCUUAGAGCGUCACCAGCAGCUUCCAAAGGGGAGGAGCCUUAGAACACUGGAAACAAACUGGAUUGUCAACACAAUCUGAUAAGGUACCGCUCAGAGAUGCGGGAAUAAUGGAAUAAUGUAAUAAUUAGAUACCAGUGAUGUCUAUUGAAGGGGAAAAUUGAAUAUGAUUGUGGGGUACUGAUGUUUCAAAUCCUAAUUGUAUGACUUGUAAUAUGUUUAUGCUGGCUACCCACCUCUAAUCACAUUGAGCGUGGGUCCUUGUGUGUUCUUGUGUGCAAAUUAUGCUCUCAAUACCACUCUCAGUGUGGCUAGGGGCUGGCAGUUGGCACAUGUAAAUGUAAAGGCUAAUUCCUCUGGCCGAGUCUGAUAAAAAAGUCAGCUUUUCUGUCUGUGUUUACCUUGUAAACGUUUACCGUUAAAUGAAGAUGUAGAACAGCCCUCCCCCAAAUGUGCAGCAGUAUGUCUGUGAUUUGUAAUGUCGUGUUAUUUUUUAAUAUACAAAUAUAUACAUACCUCACGGUGAUAUUUAAAUAAAGAAAUACAGAAAGAUUUCAAAAGAAGAUUUAUUAUUACGUGUGUAGCAUUUAAACAAAAGGAAGCCAUUAGGAAUGGAAUAUUCAGGGUAUUAAAAAUAGAUUCUUAUUAGUUCCUGCUAAGUAAUUUAUUAAUUCCAAUAAACAAAGUCUAACUAAUGAAUACUUCUAUUCAAACUGAUUUCAAUACAAUCUUGUAUCUAUAGAUCUUAAUACAGAGUUGGAA